GCCCAGGGGGAGCCCGUGCAUGCUGGGGGGUGAGCCCAAUCACAAGGCAGUCUUUGACAGAUCAAUUGAUGUUUCUAUGGUAACAUGGUCGGUGUCGUCCUGAAUGUCGUGACAGGUGUGUGACUGUUCAAAUCCACAGUAUGUACGCGAAAGGAAAAGGCUCAACAGUACCUUCGGAUGCUCAAGCACGGGAAAAGCUAGCGCUGUACGUCUACGAAUACUUACUACACGUCGGCGCCCAGAAAGCCGCACAGACGUUCCUAUCAGAGAUUCGAUGGGAGAAGAAUAUAACGCUAGGGGAACCUCCUGGGUUUCUGCAUUCAUGGUGGUGCGUGUUUUGGGACCUGUACUGCGCGGCGCCUGAGCGAAGGGACACGUGCGAGCACUCGAGCGAAGCCAAGGCCUUCCACGACUAUGGCUUCGUUAAUUCCGGUUACGCCGUCAACGGCAUCGCUGCGCACUGCCAACAACAGGCCACUUGUCGCUGCUGUAUGAAUCCUUCGGCACCAAGCCCGCUGGGUCAGAUGCCACCCAAUGAGGGCAUGCCCGGUGGCCCCAUGCCACCGGGCGGAUUCUUUCCUCAGAACUCGCACAUGAGGCCUUCGCCGCCACAGCAGCCCGCCAAUCAACCGUCCCCUCACCCCCAGCCCCCUCCCCCUCACAGUCAGAUGAUGCAGAACCAGCCGUUCAUGUCGCCCCGGUACCCUGGUGGACCGAGGCCGGGCGUCCGGAUGCCGCAGCAGGUGGACUUCAAUCCACCUGGUGGUGUUCCUGGUCAACCCAUGAUGCCAAACAGCAUAGACCCUACACGACAAGGUGACGGAGGAGAGUUUGCUGGAUGGCAAGGACCCCCGUCGAUGAACCCCAUGAACCCUCGAAUGAACCCUCCACGGGGCCAGCCCCUCGGUCCCAUGAACCCCGGGAACUAUGGAGGUAUGAGGCCGCCGCCCAACAGCACGAUGGGUCCCGGAGGUCCUAACAUGCCGCCCAUGUCCAUGCCUGGUCCCGGUGGGAGACCUUGGCAACCUAACGCGUCAUCGAUGAACUACUCUUCAGCGUCACCUGGUAGCCACUAUGGGGGUCCACCGGUAUCGGCAUCGGGACCUCCAGGCCCCGGUACGCCCAUCAUGCCAAGUCCCCAAGGUACCCCCGGCCCCUUCUCCCCUGCCAGCCAUCGAAUGAGUGCCCCCAACGCUAGACGAGAUUCUUCAAAUUCAGGAGGUGAUGGAAUGUACGCCAUGAUGAAGCCCGUUCCAGGCGGUGGAAUGCCCGGCCAGUUCCAGAUGGGACCCGGGGGACCAGAAGGCCCCAUGGGGUCAAUGGGUCCUGACAUGGGCCCGCCCGUCAUGAAUGGCAUGUCCUCUGGAGGUGAUGGCUUGGACGGCAUGAAGAACUCGCCGGCCAAUGGGCCCGGCACGCCGCGAGAGGACGGGCCUCCCAUGGGCGAUUAUGGGAUUCCCGGAUACGGACAGGAAAAUGAUCAGACGGAAUCGGCAGCAAUAUUGAAGAUCAAGGAGAGCAUGCAGGAGGAAGCCAAGAGGUUUGAGAAGGACACGCCCGCUGAGCCCCCGGACUACUUCAUGCAAUAACCGGGGGCCCCCCCGCCACCCCCGCCGCCGCCACUGCGCACGCGUGGCCGAGCAAAGUCAAAGCCGCAGCCGAAGAAAAAGGCCGCCACCAGGGGGCGCGGGAGGCGGCGCCAGCCACCGUAGCCAUUCGUUCCCGUCUUUUGAGGACUGCCGCACCGCACGACCGGAAAAGGCCUGUGACGCGCCACAGGAAGGGCCAUGUGUGACUAGGGGCCCCCCUCGGACGUGUCUUUUGCGGCCUCUUGAUCCCUUGGUUGUGCCCUCCUGCCCUAGAGGCUUUUGGUUUCCCGUGACUCUUUUUUUUUUUUUUUUUUUGCGUCAUCUGGCAGACCGUGGGCACCUGUCUGCAGUGACUCAAACUUGGGUGCGCGUUGUCGGUCACGUGACGGAGACAGUGUCGACCAACCCGCUGUCAUUUUUCAGUUCAGAGAGCUCGUGCCCCGCCACGGCUUGGUUUCCAGCUGCUGCACAGUGUAGGUGCAAGUUCACAGGCAUCAUUGCAUCACGUUGCCUGGGACAACAAAGCUGCCACUGACUCUUGCCUACUACAGUGCCGUAGCAAGCCAUUGCCAUGUCGAUUGAGAGUUAGCCAUUCUCAUCUACGGUUGUGCAAGCACCAUUCUUUCUUAUAGUGCCCCCCUCAAUUAUUAACGUCCUUCCUCACUCGGUGCACACGGUGGUGGCAGUGCUGUGCACGUCCUGGGCAGCAGUUCGAGCCAAGCCUCGGCAGAGCAGUCCUUCACACCGGACAAGAGCUUCUGCUUACCCUACCCCGAGUAUGUGCUACGUCGUUUUUCAUUGGACCAUGCCAUGGGAACUGGGCGUGCGGUGGUGCGCUUGUGGUGACUGUGCGCGGCUGGAGGAACUGGCGGAUGUUGGGCCUUCAUCCCGGAGAGACACUCGUUACGCUUCUUCCUACUUUUUGCUGCAGUGUGCCCCGCGGAGUUUUUUUUUUUUUCUCGGUUUUGCUGGCCGUUGCAUUCCUCGUCCCGGAGGAACUUUCUGUGGCUCACUUUCUAUCAAAAAGAGGGUUGUUUUCCUGCUGGGCUGGGCGGGUGAUGCAUGUGGAGUGUUUUAUUCUUGUCGGCAGCUGACAACUUGUCUAUUUCUUUGGGGGCGUUGCCUGUUGCCCUAACGAUGGUGUAGUUUCGCGGACCAGGGCUGAGUAACUGGUGCGAGGGGCCAUCUGCAAAUCCGCACUGUCAUUCUUUCUAGCACAAGGCCAGGCAUGGGGCACGGGAUAGGGGUGGGGCGGGGCUGCCGUAUUCGCUAAUUUCCAAGAGGCACAGUCAUCGUGUCUUGGAGUUUUCUACCAUCUCGUUCUCAGAGCUGGUGUAUGAGGGAAACAUCCUCUCAGAUCAUGAAUGCCCCACUGAGAACGCAAAGAGAGAAGAAUGUCAAACAAAAAAGUCAGCCGUGGUUACUCCAUGUAGCGUUGUGGUCGUUAGCAGAGUUAACCGGCAAUGACGUUGUUUUUCUCCGCACUGUUCGUGAAACUGUUGGUCAGGACUGGCUUGCCACUGCAGACUGUGGCGGUUGCCGUUGAGUCUCCGAAACAACUUGUGACGAAUGUUUGGUGUGGACGUAAAUGGUGGGCGGUGCUGCUGUGCAGUUCUAGACCACAGCGUUGGACCACCAAGCUGUGGUGUGUGCAUGAGCGUGCCGCCCUGUUGCAUAGUGGAGGCGUGUGUAAGGACUUGGUGAGAGGUUGGACUUGUUGGUGGAGGCAUACGUAGGUUUUGCUGGAUGUGUAGGCUUUCUCUCUUCCCAGUUUUUGUUCAGCCACUUCAGCGUUACGGGUGGUGAGUUUACGCGACAUAUACUGGCACUUGAAAAUCACCGUAUUCUUUCUCGCCUUUUUCUCAAUUGCCUGAUAAACAAAUGAAUCGAUGUUCAUUUCACAGCUCGUUAAGGGCACUGUGGCAGCAUCGUUAGCGGGAGUCUUUUAAGAGAUGUACGCGAGCUUUUGGUUUUAUCAUGCUGUCUACCUGGGGCAGUAUUAACAUUAAAGGGACAUCAAAGUCAAAUAAAAUUUACGUCAGAGUGAAAGCUCAAUGUAUGCCGACGUCUACAAUGUUAUCAACAGCAGUGCCCUACUUUGCCAAGAAAUUAAGGUAAACGCACAAAAACAAAUGCGCCACAGUAGGAGGUUUGCAAAACGGUCCCGAUGACGUCAGUCAAACUGCCUACAAUAAUGACUAGUAAUUGAUUUAGCUGCACUAAUUAAAGAACCUUUCGUUCAUGAAGAAACGUAAUGAAGUUCUGCUUGUUCAUUUCUGUUUGAUUCUUUGAAAAAAUUACUGCCAGACGUCACUGUGGGGAAUGGCACGAGCGGUUCAGAAAUUCAAUUUUCGUGUGGUUUUAUACUGAACAGGACGUGCCAUUUAGCGGGGUCCAGUUGAACAAACCAUGCCUGCCUGCAGUCUUGAAGGUCAUGGCCAAAAGCUGUUCAAUGGCUGUCGUUGCUGCUGUGGCUCCCACUACUUUCCCUCUGUUACUAUUGUAGUUUUGGCACCUACGCAUGAAUGCCGCACAAUGUUUUGCAUGGCAGCAGUGAUGUCAAGAGGUUCCGGCGGGUAAUUUGAAGUGUGCUAAUCCGAUGCGACCACUAAAACACGACUAUAUUUCAAAAUAAGCCCUACCUUGGCACAAAUGGAACACUACGAGGUUUCUGUACCACUAUUUCAACAAUCAUCGUUGACUUAAUAGUUGCCUUUAGUGUCCUUUUAAACAUCUUGACGUAUGGGCAGUUACAGGCAGUUGUACACCGGUAUUUCCCUUGAGGAUAGUCUUGGCGCUUUUCUCUACUUUUCAAGGCUGGCUUUUUUCCAAGCUGUAAAGAGGACUCUGUCAGUCAGUGGAGUUUGUUUUCCAUUAUUUUUUUUUUUCCGCGUCGCAUGCCUGAGGCAUUUAUACAUAGUGCAGCGUCGAUUUUAUGCCGCCGCUGCCAUUUUGAUCGUACAGAGGACCUCGUUGCAACAGGCAACGAUCAGAGUCAGAUGGGCACGCUUUGUACGUUGCCGCACAUUGUUUGUGGGUCCAGAGAAGACGUCGCACAAACAAAAGAAAGGACGUAAAGAAAAAAAAAAGCACAUAUUGUGCGCAGACCACUGAGACUCUCUCAGAAGAAAUCGACGAGGGGAAAUACAUUUUUUUUUCUUUUCUCCUCUGUAGAAGCAACUUGUAGGUGAGAGAAUGUGAGCGCGUGAAUGAGCGGCGCUAGUGUUCGAGUGGUGUCGAUAAUGAAUGUGUGUAUGUGUGUGCGUGCGUGAGUGCUUGAUGUGCGUGUGGGUGGGUUUUCAUGCACGAGUCUUGUGUGAAUGCAACCUGAAGUGGUUUUUGGGGAAUAGAUUGUGCAUGUGUACAUAAUAUAUGUAUAUGUAGGGGUACAAGGAUUACAGAAGGUGUGAGGAUUAAAAAAAAGACAAAACAAAGAUGUUUAGAGAGAGUUCUACACUGGUUGCAUUUUUUAGGCUUUUUUCUCGUUUUUCAUGUUUUUUUUUCUUCCUGCCCCUAUGUCCACGAAGCACUAGCGCUCCUGAUUUGCCUAUUCGCAUGCAGCGCUUAAUUCCUCGUCUCCGGCUGCAUGUCGCAUCGGCAGUGUCCAUAUCGCAGUGGCGGAACAACACUUUGUUGCGCAAGCUUCGUUCCCCGCGCUCUCGGUGAUCGUCGAUGCUGUCUGUUGCUUUCAAUUUCUGGGGGCUGACGCAAUGAGCUACUUUGCAGCGGACUACCGGACGGAGGUGUUGGCAAAGUUGAGCUAGAGCAGGCGGCGAUUUGACUUCGUUGACAACACCUGGUCUCAUUCAGCUCCACUGCAUUUCUCGACGCCCCCUUCUAGUGUGUCACCUGUUGCCACCGUGCGAAGCAGCCGCGCUGAGUCAUAUUUUCUUGUCGCAGCGUUAGGGGGGGUGGGGGGCGAGAGGGGCAGUGCUGCGACUUACCUGGUUAGUUCGCAAGAGGGGGUAAGGGCAGGCGUUCCUUUAAUCGAGGCGGGGGAGUAGGGUGAAAACAGCGUGAAGCACUACAUGCUUUGUAUAUAUAUGCAUAUGUACACACACAACACAUAUAUGUAAACCGGCAGGUGAGUUUAACGAGGUGAGAGAAGCUGUGUGCAAGGCGCCCGUGGGGUUUUUUUUCCUUAUCUCUCCGGUUUUGCCUUCCGUAGCGGCUGAAGCUUUAUCAUGCGGGGGCAAAGCUGAACGACAACUACAGAGGGGUCCUGUUGGUUUAAUUUAUAAUACACGCGGCGCUCUCCUCAUUUCUCUCCUUCGCCUGUGUAUCACCUUGUGCAUGUGUACUCUCUCCCUCCCCCGAAAAAAAAAAUCGUAUGAAACAAAGUGUUUCUGUUUAA